AUGGCGAUUCCAAACGCUGCCCUCCAGAAGUUGCUUCAAGAGGUCGAAACCCAAGCCGUUCUCUCCCAGCAAAAAAUCACCCAAACGCAGGCAGAACUCGGUGCCAAACGGAGGGAUGCGCGUUUGAACCAUCUCACUUCCAAUGAGUUGAAGUCUUUGUCCAAAGACACCAACGUCUACGAGGGUGUUGGCAAGAUAGCGCUCGGCAGGUUUGUCGCUGUACCAAUCACUACCUUGAACCAACGCUUACAUAGCGAGUCGACUACUCUGAACAAGGAAAUUGCAGACUUGGAGAAAAGAUUGCACUAUCAAGAAACCACCUACAAGAACAGUCGCAGCCAUAUUGAAAAGAUCCUUCAAACCGGGUCUCGUCCGUGA